GCUAAAUCAUCCAUUCACAUUUUUAACUUUCUCUUUGUAGUGAAAUACUGGUAGAAUAUUUAUAUUUAAAUAGAUUUUACUCAAAAGAGUAUCUUUAUGAAUUCCUAAUUUAAAAUGACAUGAUCUGUCAUUUUUGUUAUGUCUCAUAUAUUGAACAUUUAACAUUUCACUUAAAUUCUGUAUUAAAUUUUGUAAAAAUAUUGCUCAAAAUGAGUUUAGUAAACCCAGCAUCCGGAGACAAUGAAAUACCAAUGACUGAAGAGAAAAAUGAGAAUUUACUUAUAUCUAAACUUGCUAUCGGUAAUACUGGCGAUGAUAAACAAUCAAACGAAAUGAAUGGCGGAGAACCAGUACACGAGGGUUCAGAAAUAGUUAGUGAACACGAAAAUCUUAAGGAGAGAAUCAAACAAUGUCGUAACAUCAUAGAAUCUCUGAAGUUGGAACUUAAUCAAGAAAAGGCUCGCCUGGAAAUGGAAUCCAAACAACAGCCCAAUUUGGAUGAACCGAAAGUUACAACUGAUCCCAUUAGAUCAUUGGAGAUAACAUGUCCUCCAGACUUAUAUAGCACUUGUGUAGAAAAUAAAUUAACAUGUGACGAAAACCUUAUACAGUACGAAAAACAAUUGCAAAGGUAUCAGAAUACUCUUAAUAUGGCACAGAUUGAAAAGAAGAACGCCAUUAGGAAGCAUAUGAUUGCAAAGGCUUACAAAUUAAAGCUGCUGGAAGUCGAAAACCAAUGUAAUAUUGAAUUGCUAAGGGUGAAGCAGAGUCUACAAUGCCUUGAGCCAUUGCAAAUGAUCGCUAAUAAAUGGAAAACAAACACUGAUGAAUUUAAUUACGAUUUGGACACCUUUGAGCUGAUGCCGCGAUAUCCAGAACUUCAUGCUGUAUCUGGAAGCGACGUGUCGUCUGUUAGUGAUUCCGAAAACAAAAACAAAUCUGCAAUUACAUCGGAUUAAUUUAUACUGUCAUUUGUUUGAAUAUAAUUAUUUUAAUGUGA